UCUGUGCAUAUGCCAAUAUGGGCCAUAAUCUUCAGAAAUUCAUUUGAACACUUGAAAAUUUUCUUCCAUUGCACCAGAAUGUAAAUUACAAAAUUUACAAGUACAUCAUUCCCGUUACAUCGUCCUCUUGCAAAUUUACCACCACGUCUAUGACGCGGUAUUUGUAGCGCUGCGCACUAUAAUGCGCAGUGUGUCCAAAAGCACCACUCAGAGUGUCAAAACUUCUUGGUUAGUCAAGUAACUUCAAAAAUUUCGCGCGCCUCGUCCUUGGCCAUAUAACGGGAGUUUACUGGUUCAGCCCUGCGCAGGUUCAGCCCCCAACCUCAGAAUGUUCGCGUCGGCCCUGAUCGAGUAUCUUUCUCGACGCAAUGUUGUCAUUAUUACACACAAGGAAAAGUUUACGCAAUCUUUUUCUGCGAAUGGUCUUCAUUUAUCUCAAAAUGAUAAAAUACAUCUGCCAAAAUGGCCCGACCGAGAAAAUUUAAAAAUUUCAUGUCAGAAAAUAUGCUGACGAUGCUGACAGUAUUUGGAGUUGUAGCCGGUGUGAUUCUGGGUUUCAUUUUGAGGAACGUAAGAGAUGAACCAUGGUCGAAACGAGAGAUUAUGUAUAUUCAAUUCCCAGGAGAUAUUUUUCUAAGAAUGUUAAAAGCGCUGAUCUUGCCAUUAAUUGUUGCUAGUAUUAUUAGCGCGAUCGGCGGUUUGGAUCUUAGUUUAUCUGGAAGGAUCGGUAUGCGAUCCAUUUAUUACUAUUCUGCGACAACGAUAUCUGCUGUAACUCUGGGUAUAAUUUUGGUAUUAAUUAUUAAACCUGGAAACUUCAGUUCACAGAGUUUAGUUGCACUUCAAGAUGCAAAGACUCCUAGAGACGUUACUACUACGGAUACACUAUUAGAUCUUGUCAGAAAUGUAUUUCCACCAAAUCUUGUACAAGCUUGCAUUGCUCAGUAUCGCACUAUAAUAAUAAGGCCUGAAAAUGUAACGAACGGAAGUAAUAUAUAUGAUUGGGAAAUAACUCAUCAGUAUGGAGAUGGUACAAAUACCUUAGGUUUAGUAUUCUUUGGAAUUGUGUUUGGAAUAGCAAUCAGUAAAAUGGGAGAACCCGGAAAGCCUCUUUUAAUUUUCUUCGAUACUUUAUCUGAAGCAACGAUGUUAAUUACUAAAUGGGUUAUAUGGGUAUCUCCAAUUGGUGUGCUUUUCCUUGUUACUGCAAAGCUAUUAGAAAUCAAAGAUAUCGGUGCUAUUGUAGGCCAAUUAGGUUUAUAUUUCGUCACAGUCUUAUUAGGUUUGCUCAUUCAUGGUUGUGGAACACUGUCCAUCAUCUUUUUCAUUUGUACCAGAGAAUUGCCAUUCAAAUUGAUAGGAAAAAUGGGUCAAGUUUUAGCCACAGCAUUUGGUACUUCAUCAAGCACAGCUACACUGCCAGUAACAAUACAGUGUUUAGAUAAUAUAGGUGUAGAUCCUAGAAUUACAAGAUUUGUGGUUCCUAUUGGUGCUACCAUCAAUAUGGAUGGUACCGCAUUGUAUGAAGCUGUGGCCGCAAUUUUUAUAGCCCAAGUCAGAAGAGUUCCACUGACUCUUGGCAAAGUUAUUGGCGUUAGUAUAACGGCUACUGCAGCUAGUAUAGGAGCUGCUGGUAUUCCACAAGCUGGUCUUGUUACAAUGGUUAUGGUACUGGAUACCGUUGGGUUACCUGCUGAAGAUGUAACACUUAUUAUUGCGGUAGAUUGGCUGUUGGAUCGUUUCCGAACAACGAUAAAUGUUAUAUGCGAUGCACUAGGAGCUUAUGUUGUUGAACAUAUGAGUAAGAAAGAUCUCGAAUCAAAUGUGACUUUACCAGAAGAAACGAUUGAAUUAGCUAGAGUGAGAAAAACGGAAGCAUAAUUUAUGAUCUUCCUAUUGUUAAAAUUUUGCCAUUAUUUUUUAUAAAUACAAUUUAAUUGUGUUUGUAAAAUCAUUUGCAUAUUUUGCAAU